AUGCCCAACUUCAGAAACCUGAUAUCGUCGUCGUCCUCCUCGAACAAGCACGACAGCGAGAAGCACGUCACUGAGAUACACACCUCCACGGAGGACGAACAGACGUCCCCCGAUGAUCACUCCAUCGAGAUCAUCAAGAACGAGAUCCUGGAGAAGGAUAAGAAGAAAAUCGCUCACACAAACCAAUUCAGCUCAGACAUACAUUCCAUCACAGACUCCCUCGCCAGAUCAAGGUUGCCCCAUCUGGGCGACGAUGACGACGAAGAGGACGCGGAAGAGGCCCAGUACCACGACACUGAGGUCAAGAGAGCUUUGAAACAGAGGCAUAUCGGGAUGAUCGCCCUAGGUGGGACCAUCGGGACCGGUCUGUUCGUCGGUAUCUCCGUUCCAUUGACUAAUUCAGGCCCCGUGGGGUCCCUGAUCGCUUACUUGUUCAUGGGGUCCAUUAUUUACUCCAUUACUCAAUCGCUAGGUGAAAUGGCUACUUUCAUCCCUGUCACUUCCUCCAUCACUGUCUUCUCCAAGAGAUUCUUAUCCCCGGCAUUUGGGGUCGCCAAUGGGUACAUGUACUGGUUCAAUUGGGCCAUCACGUAUGCAGUCGAAAUAUCCGUCGUUGGUCAAGUUAUUGAAUAUUGGACCAAGAAGGUUCCCCUGGCCGCAUGGAUAGCUAUCUUUUGGGUAUUUGUCACAUUAAUGAAUUUCUUCCCCGUUAAAGUUUACGGUGAAAUUGAAUUCUGGAUCGCAUUCAUGAAAGUCUUGGCCAUUGCUGGUUACUUGUUGUAUGCAUUGAUUAUCGUUUGUGGUGGUUCCAGUCAGGGCCCCAUUGGGUUCCGUUAUUGGAGAAAUCCAGGUCCAUGGGGGGCAGGGAUCAUCUCCAAGGAUAAGAAUACAAGUCGUUUCCUUGGUUGGGUCUCCUCUUUGAUUAAUGCAGCCUUCACGUAUCAAGGUACCGAAUUAGUCGGUAUCACCGCUGGUGAAGCUGCCAACCCAAGAAAGAGUGUCCCUCGUGCCAUUAAUAAAGUUGUCUUUAGAAUCGCUUUAUUCUAUAUCAUGUCCUUGUUCUUUAUCGGUCUAUUGGUCCCAUACGAUGAUCCACGUUUAUCUAGUGACUCCGCUGUCGUUGCCUCAUCGCCAUUCGUCAUCUCCAUUCAAAACGCAGGUACCAAGAUUUUACCUGACAUCUUCAACGCUAUCGUCAUGAUCACAGUCAUCUCUGCAGCAAAUUCAAACGUCUACGUCGGUUCUCGUGUCCUUUAUGCCCUAGCUCAAACGGGGAACGCUCCAAAGCAAUUCGCAUACGUCACAAGACAUGGGGUCCCAUACUUGGGUGUUCUUUGUACUGCCGCAUUGGGUCUAUUAGCCUUCUUGGUCGUCAACAACAAUGCAAACACAGCAUUCAAUUGGUUGAUUAAUAUCUCCACCUUGGCCGGGUUAUGUGCGUGGUUAUUCAUCUCCAUCUCUCACAUCCGUUUCAUGCAAGCUUUGAAGUUCCGUGGUAUUUCCAGAGAUGAUUUACCCUUCAAGGCCAAAUUCAUGCCUUGGGCCGCAUACUACGCUACAUUCUUUGUCACUGUCAUAAUCUUCAUCCAGGGGUUCCAAGCAUUCUCACCACAUUUCGACGUCACUGCAUUCUUCACCGCUUAUAUCUCUUUGAUCAUCCUAGCGGUACUAUUCAUAGGAUGUCAAAUAUAUUACAGGUGUAGAUUCUUCUGGAAGUUGGAAGACAUCGAUAUCGAUACGGAUAGAAGAGAAAUUGAAGAAGUCAUCUGGGAAGACGAUGAACCAAAGACAUACUGGGACAAAUUCUGGGCCGCAGUCGCUUAA